AUGUCUAUGCCCGACUGCAAGAUUGUUUAUAAGAAAUUCUGUCAUACCAAAUUGCAAUUGCCAUAUAUUUCUGGAUUCCUGGCUUUUCGUGAGGUCCAGCCACUGUUAGUUCUACUUGAGCAGCUGAAGCAUGAUGAACCUGAAUUAUAUCCUCAAAUCAUUCUUGUUGAUGGUAAUGGUCUAUUACAUCCACGGAGAUUUGGAAUUGCCUGCCAUUUGGGAGUUCUAGCAAAUACUCCAACCAUUGGUGUCGCAAAGAACUUCUUAGUGAUUCCUUCUGAGAUCGAUGAUAUGUCCACUUACAAACGAGUUUUUGACAAUAAAUUACUCGAACGAGGAGAUGAAUAUAUUCUCAAGGGAGCUAGUAAUAGUCUGAUUUACGGCUCUGCAGUGCGUACAUCAGAUACGGCCAAAAACCCAGUAUUUGUAAGUCAGGGUCAUCGUGUUUCGUUGAAAACUGCUAUUAAAAUUGUAUUGGCUACCUGUAUCAAGUAUCGUCUACCGGAACCCAUUCGAGCAGCAGAUCAAGAAAGUAGAGAAUAUAUACGAAGAAAUCCAUGUUUUGCUAAAACCUAA